GCAAGUUAAAGGCAACAUUUUGAUUUCAGAAAGCUUGACGUUCUGUCAUAGUAUAGUCACAAAAACAGUUUCAGUAUGAGAGUGAUAGUGAUUGAGUAUAAUGGUUACUCAGACUGAUGAUUGUGUGUAUAACAUAAGAUAGCCAAACUGAACAAUAGACGGUCACUGUCAGAAAUGGACGAUGGUGAAUACUGUAUUCUCUGGAACAACUACCAUGAAGCCCUUGUUAGUACCCUUUGCGCUCUGCAGCGUGAGGGAGAGAUGGCUGAUGUCACUGUGGUUUGUGGGGAUGGCAGUCGAGUGAGGGCUCAUCAAUUAAUCCUAGCUGCUUGCUCUUCAUUCUUUAGAGACUUUCUUCGCGAAAACCCAUCGAAGGACCCCAUUAUUUUGUUGCCUAUGGAAAUUCGUUAUCCUGAAUUAAGGGCUAUGGUUGAAUUUAUGUAUACUGGACAGGUGUGUGUGAGCCAAGACCGAUUGCAGAACUUCAUGCGGGGUGCUCGAUACCUUCGUAUCAGGGGUGUUGAGGACACCACAGAGGAUAGUUUCAUGGAUGAAACACAAGUAACACACAUUAACAGUAACAGAGAAUUCUUAGAAAGCAAUAGAAACACUUCAGAUGACAGUUUUGUCUCCAUGACUGUGGGUAGUAAGACUUCUACUGCAACAUCUACAGAAAAACAUUUGGGAAAAGAACACAGCUAUACACAAUGGGUAGAAUGUCAGCAUUGUCAUUCAAAAAAAAUGCUACUUCAACAUGAAGCACCAUCUUCAGCAUAUCUGUGUGUUAACUGCAUAUCAAGCAGUUCAAAGCAAAAAGAUGGUGAUCAGAGGAAGAAAAAGAAGAUGAAAAGGAGAAUACAGAUAGCUACCACUCCAGAGGGAACUCUUGUAAAAAAGAUCAAAUUAGAACCUGAAGAAGAGUCAAUUGAGUUAAGGAUAGGUGAGGAACUAGCUGAAGAUGAAGCUCCCAGAAGCAUAACCCCACGUGAAAAAAAAGAACCUUCAAUUUCAACUAGUGGUUGGAAAAAACAUUUCGAUAUUACAACUGUCACAGUUAAAAAACAGAAGCGUACUGCUGGUGCAUCAAGUUCAGAUUCCAAGAAGGACUGUUAUAGCAACAUUGCUAUUAAGAAGGAACCUCAGGAUGACUCAAAUGCCACAGUAUUUCGGGUACUUGGCAUAUUUGGUGUGACUGGGCGUAAAAAGAGAUAUUCUGUCACUGAGGCAGAGCUCCAAAGACGUCAAGGACCACCGGAACACUUCUCAAAUAAUGCUAUGAAGACCUAUUUGAGGUUCCCUCGCACACAUGAUGCCCUGCCAGUCAAGUUCAGAACACCUUCACAAAGAAAAACUACUCUUAGUACAUUCACUAAUAUUGUUGAAGGUGAAGCUGCAGACCUAGCAAAAGAUUUCCAACGGUUUUUGUUUGCAAGCAACUUGAUAGAACAACUCUGCAAAGGAGUGAAUAACAUUGGGAGUAUCAGUGAAGUUUUAGAUCAAAUGCUGGACAAUUUGGCACAUGUUGAUUGGCUUAUUAAAUUCAAUUUGCUCACCCAUGGUAGUGGGCUGAUGUUUGUUAAAGCAGUUCUGCUCUAUGUUCGUUCUGCAGCCCAUUAGACCUGCAGCUUUUUCUAGUUACAGCAUGAGAGAGUAAACACAAAACUGGCAUGAGCUACCAGCUAGAUACCAGUACAGUACAACCUUGCUUUAGUGGACCCGGAACAGACAGACAUCAGAUUUAAUGGACAAAAUCCGGCCAGGGUAAUCUAGCCUAAGACAACUGUUAAAUAACAACAAAACCUGUGUAUAGGUUAGCUUUUGCAACAACAGGUAUCUUACAAAAAAAUUGGUUAUGUAAACUUUAUGUUAUUACAAAUGCUGUUUUACUUACUGUAUUCCUAGAAAUUCAAAAUAAAUAAAAUUUAGCCAA